AUGAAUCUGAACGGUCAUGGGGUCCGGAUCCUGACGCAGGAGGACUGGAACGUGGUCCUGUACAACGGCAUGGCGGCCACCUCUCCUCUCGCCGCUCUCUACUUCGUGGCUCUGAUGACGUUUGGGAACUACGUGCUCUUCAAUCUGCUGGUGGCCAUUCUGGUGGAGGGAUUCCAAGCUGAGGGAGACGCAAACCGAUCGUAUUCUGACGACGACAACUCCUCCAACUUUGACGAGAGCGAAAAGCACGACUCCAUCAAACUCUCGGGUCAGUUUCCCCGCCCGAGUCCAGUCCAGCCAAUAUUUACUCUAUACACCACUUAUAGUCAGAAGUUUACAUACAUUUACUAA